AUGGCAGACGAAACAGAGCAGCAGCUCUCGCCCGAGGCAGAGUCGUCUCGUUACCGACCCAUCAAACGGCUCGACGAAAGUGUCGUCAAUCGCAUCGCAGCCGGCGAAAUUAUACAUCGUCCCGCCAAUGCGCUUAAGGAGCUCAUCGAAAACUCGCUCGACGCAGGCGCCACCCUCAUCCGUAUCACCCUCAAGGAAGGCGGUAUCAAGAUGCUACAGAUUCAAGACAAUGGCUCCGGCAUCCAGCCCUCUGACCUGCCUCUGCUUUGCGAACGCUUCGCAACCUCCAAGCUGCGAGACUUUGGCGAUCUCGAAAACAUGUCCACCUUCGGCUUCAGAGGUGAGGCGCUCGCCAGCAUCAGCUACGUCACCGCGUCCAUGAAUGUCGUCUCCAAGACCAAACAUCAGGACUGUGCCUUUCGAGCCUAUUACGCCAACGGCAGCCUCACCCCUUCCAAACCUGGUCAGAGCGCCGAUCCAAAGCAAUGCGCAGGAACAGACGGAACGCUCAUCACCGCAGAGGACCUCUUCUAUAACGUUCCUCAACGUCGUAGAGCCUUGCGUAGCGCGGCUGACGAAUACAAUCGUGCGCUCGACGUCGUCUCCAAAUACGCCGUCCACUACGGAGGCAAAGGCGUUGGGUUCGUCUGUCGCAAAGCUUCCAGCAAUGCCACCGAUCUCAACACUCCCUCGUCUCCGACUAACUCUACCCUGGACACGAUCCGAACUUUGCACGGCAACGCAGUCGCGCGCGAACUAGUACAGCUCAAAGGUGUCGCGGACGGCAAUCUCGGAUUCCAGUGUCACGGCUGGGUCAGCGGCGCCAAUUGGAGCAGCAAACGAACCACCAUGCUAUGCUUCAUCAACAAUCGUCUCGUCGAUUGCCCUUUGCUCAAACGAUCCAUCGAAGCGCUCUACGCUACGCUCCUGCCCAAGGGUGGCCAUCCGUGGGUCUACCUGUCCAUCACAGUCAAUCCGGCAAACGUCGAUGUCAAUGUGCAUCCUACCAAAAAGGAGGUUCAUUUCCUGCACGAGGAGGAGAUUGUCGAGCACAUUUGCCAAGAUGUACAGAAACUGCUGGCCGGUGCCAACUCGAGCAGGACUUUCACCUUUUCGCAAGCGGUCCUUCCUAUUCUUGCCCCCGAUGUAGGUGUCACCUCAGCAUCUUCAGCGGUUGCGCCAAGAGUGACCGAGCACGUGUCGAGACCGCCUCUGGGGGAGGCUACCAGCAGUAGCAGCAGUAGCGGCGCAAGCGGCACCCACAGCCCCGUCAAUUCUGUUCGCAAAUCGGACAGCUCCGGUCCCGUCUCUUCAUCCAAGGGAUAUCCACAGCAUCUGGUCCGUGUCGAUGCAAAGACGAGGACGCUUGAUGCCAUGUUUGGGUCCAAAGCCAUCGGCAAGAAGCGCGCCCUCGAGUCUGAUGGCCUGGAGUCUGCACCUUCCGAUGCAACCAUGGCAGACCUAGCAGCAGACAACGAGGCCUCGACGUCCGUGCCACACUGGGCUGCCAACGUGGAAAGCAGCGCCUCGUUCGCAAACACCGAUGGCGACGGCGGUAGCACCAGUGUCGGCUCGUUAAUCAAACGCGGUCGAGAAUCGCUCAAUGUCCGCAUCUCUGACUCAGACUGCUCCCUGACAUCUGUACGACAUUUGCGAGCGCAGAUCUCAAAAGCCCAACAUCGAAAUCUUACCGACGUCGUCCAAAAUCACACCUUCGUCGGCGUCGUUGAUCUUCGCAAGGGCCUUAGCCUGGUACAGCACGAAACGAGGUUGCUGCUCGUCAAUCACGACGCCAUGAUCCGUGAGUUUGCUUACCAGCUCGUCCUUCGUCAAUUUGGCAGUUUGAGUCGGAUCCGACUGGAUCCUGCACCCAAGCUCGACGAUCUCGUUCGUUUGGCACUCCAAGACACGGUCGGUAUCCCCGAAGACGACUCGGGAAGCAUCGAGGCGACAAGGGAAAAGAUUGUCCAGCUGCUGGUCGGCAACGCCGAGAUGAUCCAAGAAUAUUUUUCAGUGUGUCUGGACGCCGAGAAGCGGACAAUCGAGGCACUUCCGAGUCUCCUUUCCGGGAGUGGCGUCUACGGCAGUGCCAUCGAAUUUGAUCGUCUGCCGCAGCUGCUGGUGAGAAUGGCGACGCGUGUGGGUUGGUCGGACGAGCAAGAAUGCUUUGAUACGUUUGCACGACAGCUCGCCUGGAGCUGCACACCCUGUCCGCCACCAGCGGCAGCAGCGGUGACACCAGCAGCAGAAGCAGCUACAGCAGCAAAUAUCAGCGAGGAGGCUUCGGUUGACGUGGCGCAGCGACAGCAGGAGGAAGCCCGUGCAGAAAAGGAGCGCGAAGAAGAGCAGGAAGCAUCCAAAAGGAAGGUUCAGCAUCUCUGGUUCGACAGCAUGGCCAAAUCCAGAGGCAAGUACGUGCCGAGCAAGGCGACCAACGAGUACGUGAUUCAAGUCGCCAAUCUCCCUGAUCUGUAUCGGGUCUUUGAACGCUGUUGA